AUGCAUGAUUUAAACUGGCUAAAGAAGCGACUGAGCAAGACAGCUCGUUUCUACUACCAUAGAUAUGGUCAUUACGUCCCGCGCACUCCCCGUUCUCGCAGAAGAGCACUGAUCAAUACCUUUGUGCUGUUGACGAUAGGGCUGCUGGCGACGAUACUACACAGGAGCUCGUCCCCGACACCGGGGCCUGAGACAAGCCAAAUUGGCGCCGGACCAUCCCUGCUGGCGCUGAGAGAGACGCUUUAUGCUGGUGGCUAUUAUGACCGACUCCAGGAGUAUCUAAACUCGGGGAUCGCAGGAGAUCCGACUGAUGACGAACCACGGUAUCCGGUGCUUGUGGAUCUCCAGAAGAGUCUCUUUCGGUCAUCGAGGUGUCCAAUUUACACAUAUUACAACAUGGAUGCUUCAGAUGGUUUGACGCAGGAAGACCGGGUCUAUGAUCGGUCCGUGCUGGCUGCGUGGAUGGUGUACUAUUCGUCCCUGGGAUUCAACCCUGUGGUUCUCGAUCUCGACGAUAUAAGUGAGAAAUACGCCAGAAAUAAGAGGUCCCCUUUAUUUGGCCAGGCACGCUUUGCGCGGUCCAUGUUGCGCCGUACUGAUCUCCUGGAGAACGACUUGGUGCUGAAAUUGUUCACUAUGCAGGACCACAUGGCGUCCAAUGGGAUUGAUAGCGCGGCAUUUGUUGACUACCACUUAUUUCCAAUGACGGGUGAUCCUCUGGCAAAUUCUGAGGCGCUCAGAUCCUCGCUAAAAACCUGUUUUGGUGGAAGUGACCAUGGUUUGGAGCCUCCAAGCGGUGUGGCCGCAUUCAAAGUGGAUGGUUUGCACAUAGGCUCCGUCUCACAGAGCCAGGUAGCAUUGUUUGCCACAGAAAAAUCCAUUCGGACCUCUUUGCAGCGCUUACAGCGACUUCUUCGCCGAACUGCCACUCUGGUGGUGCCUCUUCCCAAGGAUAAGCUCAACUUUGAGUUCGGUGACUACUCCCAAAGUACAAUAACCCGUCUGAACCCUGACAUCCGCAAGAAAGAUAUUGCAGAUGUUAUUGCAUCCCAUCGCCAUGCUCUUUUCAUAGAGAAUCUGAACAGAAGGUCUACCAUGGACUAUGUCACUCGUCCUAUUAGCGUUGGAACCAUGGAAAUUGUCGAUCCCGUCACACUUCCUGGACAUUUACUGAGCGAUGAGCUCGUCAAAGUGGCCAGAUCGCUAGCCGUAUGUCCUGAUGUGAUGGUGGGACUCCCAACGCAAGCAAACAUAGCACGUGCUAAAGCGAUAGAGCUUGAAAAGACGUGGGCCUUGGUCAACCGUGCCAGGGCGAAAAACCUAGCUCGUGAUUCUGACAUGGAUAGGCUGCAGGCCAAAAUUGACUCGUUAAAACCGAAGUGCAACAAUCUCCAGAUUCGCAUAGUGGAUGCUCUCGAUCUGGCACAUGCUGAUGAUGGUGAAGAUCUCGAUGAACCGGGGAUCGCCGGGUCACCAUACUCGCGGUCCCGUUUCUCGCUAAUAGCAGUUCCUCAUCCAUUGGUAACUGUGAACGCUCUUCAUCUGUCCUCAAACGAUCACGCCGAGCUUGUGAGCUUUCCGUACCGCAACCAGUUCCUUACACAGCUAUUCAAGGGCUCUGCGGCAGCAGAGUUGGCUACUCUUCCUGAGCGUCUGGCUCUUUUCAGAAAGGUCACAGCCCAAGAGGGCAAAUACCGUGUUCUUUCCACGAGUCUUGAGUUCUUGAUGGGCGCGCCUCUAUCCGAGGUGUUGGAGGCGGCUGCCACGUCUCUGGGCUUCGCUCCCAAAGAGUAUACCUCGCGUCACGGACUCGCGAUGGCAGCGCUGGAUGUUGAAGAUAACAGCAAAACUCUCUAUGUUCCAACCUACGCCGAGCUCGUUGGGGGCACCAGUUCUUUUGAAGUUCGAAUCCAGGCACUACGGGCCAAGAUGCGCGAGGCACGUUACUUGAUAAUGAGAGCAAGUGAACGCAAGCCGAUAAUCCCUCCCAAGGCUCGCAAACCGGCUUCGGGCAGCGAGAUUUCUGUGGACCAGCUGGAGCCAGUGACCCAGCCUAUCCCUGCCAUCGCAGAGUCCCUCAACGCGCUCGACGCUGCAGCCUGGAACAGUGCGCGGGUUGUCGAGGCGAUUGGGCGUCGUGUUCGUGGCCUUGUUCACGAUUUGCAGAACAUAUAG